CACAGUGUAUAAUCAAUGAAAUCAAUGAAAAAGUUGAUCCGGACAAUCGGUUAAUUGACAAGUUUGUUCUCAUAUGAUCACAAAAUAAGCACAUUUUUUAGAAAUGAGAAUAGAGAAAUCUGGUCAUAUCCAAAAGUUCCAAGUUGUCCAAUAAAAUCAAGACUAUUAAGACUAUCAAUUAAGACUACACUUUAAAAACUGUUUAAAAAAAAAGGUGCAUUGUCCAGAUGCAUAAGAGGAACUGAUUUUAAAAACAUGCUGACAAUGCACACCUCUUCUCGUGAGGCCCUGCCAGGUAGACAUCAUGGAAAGUGUGAUGCAAUCUCUUCACAAAGAAAAUGGUAAAGCUUCUUGGAAAAUGAUCAAUGAUGGAUAUGCAUAAAGAAAACAUGUACACAGAGGCACACACUUAUGGGCAAUAAGAAGAUACAUUUUAGUAUUUUGGACCAGCUGUUUUCCCUUGCUUUGAGUCUUUAUGAUUAGCUAAGAUAAUCGCUUGCUGCAGGCCAUUGCUCCAUAUUUACCCUACAGACAUGAACAAGAAAGCAAUUUAAGUUAAAAUAUAUCCGAUCAAAUUUAUCAGCAGGAUGUUGUGCUGUAUGAUUCAUAGAUGUACUGUACAUGAGCACUUUGUCAUAUGGCAUGUCUACUGGUUGACGAUAGGCUAAGGCAGACACCAUCCCUACAGGGAACAAAGACUUUUCAAUAUUUCAUCCCUCUGAUAUUCCUGUUUGCAGCUUUCUUGUGUGUGAAGGCCUGUCCUCCUGUAUUAUUUAUUGGAACACACUCCGUGCAUGGGAAGGGAUAUGAAGCCAUGCAUCCAUGCACCCCUGUAACAUUUCAUAAAGGAAUCAUGUAGGCAGAUGUUGUUACUUUUGGACAGGCUGGCUGUUUCCCCGGUGUCCAGCAUUUAUGCUGCGAGCAUUCCUUCUUCUUUAAUGAGAACAACUCGUGUUUUCCAGCUGAAAAUAUCUGCAGCUUUGAAUGCGAAGCUCACUGAACUUGGGGGUGGGGGAGAAAGGAAUAUUAGUGUGAUUUCAAUCGGCAGAGCGUCCCGUGACACGCGCUGUGAGCAGUUGUAGUUUAUAAGAUAUGGGGAGGGGGCGUGUGUGAAGAGUCACUGUUUAUGGACGCCCAGAUGGAGGAGAAAUCAGUUUCACCAGCUGUACUACAGAUCAGAGGGACACAUGCUGGGUCAUCCCACUUCUGCCAUGUGAUUUCCAUUACAGCAACUUGGGGAAGAGUUGACUGAAAGGCUUAGGGUAAAAGUUUUUUAUCUUUUUUAAAUGUAUAUAUUUGAAUGCAAGAAUUUUUUUUGUGAAAAGUACGAUUUCUUUAUGUAGGAGUCUGUAUUCUUGUGAAAUCACUGUAAUUGAUAUAUAGCCAACUAAGUUAGUGUAUGGGACACAAAAGUAACUUCAUUAAAUACUUCAACUCGUGGUUGGCAAUGAAGUCAUUCGUACCAAGUGCAGCAAGCAAAAAUACAUGAAGAAGCAAGGAAAAGACAACACCGCUUCCAGCAUCCCCCUCUCUUCCCCACCAGGGAAUAGUGGCGUGCAGGUCUACCAUGACUACCAGAGUGUGGCUUUUAAGAUGCAUUCUGGGAAUGGUCAUGCUAUAGAAAAUCUCUCUCACGCCAGGAGAGACCGGCUCACCAGCCGAGAUGGUACAGGCAAGAUGUCCUCCAUUCCAGACAUCACCUCUAACAGCCAGGACCAGAGGUACAGCAUGAAAGACGAGAGUGUUCAGAGGAACUCCACAUGGAUGAUGGAUUCGAGCAGCCAAGCAUAUUCAGGGCCAGAGGAUAACUCCACAGACCCACAUGAGACCCUGACAGAGACUUCAACUCUGACCUUUGUGGAUGUUCACAACCUAGAGGAUUCAGCGGAGAACUACAGCCUCCACGGGCUGGGGAUGGUUUACCUCAAGGAGUUUGUGCUGAUCGAUGAUGACGACGAUGGAGACAUGUCGCUAAGAGAGAAAACAGUGACAGAUUUGUCCGUCAUGGAUGGAAAAGCUGCUGACCUGGUGUGUGGGAGGCUGUUGUCCACCUCCAGUGGCUCAGUGUCAGAGUGUAAGGAAGAAUGUGCGGCUCAUGAAGUGCCGCCACCUGAGGAAGUUGAGACUGCACAUGAAAAGAAACGCUGCUGUUUCUGCACUGUUUUAUGAACCAGCACAACUCUGCAGGAGUUUGUGUGAAGCUGUUCUCGACACUACAUACUGGUUUUGUACAUUUGUUCCUGUUGAUUUGCAGAGCACAUUUAUAGGUAUGCUAACAUACCAUUGCGUGAUUUCAUUUAUUGACUCAAUAUUUCGAGCACUCAUUUUGCAAUGCCUUUAUUCAACAUUAAAACAGCAAACAUAUUUUUGUUUGUCUCAAAUGUCAGCCACCAAUGUUUUUGUUUAACUGAUUAUGAAAUAUAUGCCGAGACCCAUAAACGUUUGAUUCACAGUGAAAUAAUGUGAUGAUUUGGGUUUAGAUAAUCAUUUUCAAGUUCAUCUCUGAAGUUUAGAAUACAGUUUUUAUACAAAAGAUAUGCAUGUUCCUAUCAUAUUUUAUCUGAAUUACAGAUUUUGUGAUAACUA